AUGUUAUUCGGUACUUUCGGUAUUUACCGGUACCGAACCGAAAGUACCGAAACCAAAAUACCUCGGUACCGAGUUUUUCUAGGAACCGAACAGUACCGGCUAUCUCUAGUACCGAAUUACCGUAUUACCGAACGCCCAGGGCUAGCCGCCCCUCCGUCCUCCCCCACGACUCCCCUCCGUCCUCCCCCACCGCUGCCGCCCCCGUCCCUGCAGCGCCUCCCCUCCCACGACCUCUCCAACGACAGCGGCUGCGACGACGACUGGGCCCGCCAACGCCGCCACAACGCCGAGCCCGCCGCCCCUGCGCCAACGCGGAGCCUCGCCCUACGUUUCGCAGGCUGCUCGUGGUCGUGGAAGCUGGGCGGGCGGCAGCGGAAGACGGCAGGGCGCGUGCGCGUCCCUCCUCCGAUCCGAAUCAUCUACAUCCGCGUCGCCAGGUCUUCAUCGGGCCCUUCACCGGCGACGAAGCCCCGCGGCGGCGAAGCCAGCAUGGAGCCCGUGCGUCCCUUUCCACCAGUGCUCUGUCAUGUCUGGCAUGCAUUUCCUUCACUUGUCGGCUUUGCUAAUGAUUGAGUGGGCUGUGAGUUAGCUGCAUAUUGGUACAAUUUUAAAAAAUAAUGGUAAACUCUGUUAGGUCAUGAUUCACCGUUACCCAUAGCAGUCAUACGAGGAACUUACUCGCUGACCCAAUAUGCAUGCUUGUUGUCCAGGUUUGAAGUUUCUUAGUAUUCUCUUCUGGUGCCGUGGGAGCAUAAGUUUUCAUUUUUUGUAAUGUCAUGGGUAUCUUCAGAGGUGCCUGGAUGGAGUGGACUAUCAAACGCACAAGUCACAACAUUCGGUGAUGUUUACCCUUUAGCAGCUAAACAACAGUUUUCAGUUUAACCCCCUUUUCUUGCUUGAUUUUGUAAUCAAUUAGGUAAUUAUUAGUUUUCUCUUGACUAUAGGCAUUUUUAGCCAUAUGAGAGGGUUCUGACUGAUUUCCGAAUCCUAUUGUAAUUUCUGAAUCCAUGAUCCAAUAGUAGCUCACACAAUAGUUAUCAAUUAAGGGACAUUUGAUGUUGAAAAAUCUCAAUCCAGAAAAGACUACGUACCAUAUGAUGAGGAUUAUUAUGCUUA